CUCCCAGCACACUCUGCUAGGCUGCUACCCUGGUGAUUCAAAAAGUCAAAACCCUAGCGGUCGUCAGAGUUAGAGAAUCGACUUCUUCUCUUCGUCUUUUCUACUAGCCGGUGAGAUGGCGUCGGCCAUGACAGCGCCGGGCUCGGUUCUCAAGAGGAAGGAUUCGAUGGCGUCGGCUCCGGUGAGGGAGGGCGACCAGCUUAUCGUCACCCCGCUGGGGGCGGGAAACGAAGUGGGCAGAUCCUGCGUCUAUAUGUCCUACAGAGGAAAGACCGUCUUGGUAGAAAGCUGUCACCUUGUCUACUUUUCUUGUAUAUGAUUUUGAUUGUGGGAUUCACCCAGCAUACUCCGGGAUGGCUGCGUUGCCUUAUUUUGAUGAGAUCGACCCGUCAACCAUCGAUGUGCUUCUCGUCACGCACUUUCAUCUUGAUCAUGCUGCAUCACUUCCAUAUUUCUUGGAGAAGACUACUUUUAAAGGUCGAGUUUUCAUGACACAUGCUACAAAAGCUAUAUACAAGCUGCUUUUGUCAGAUUAUGUUAAAGUGAGCAAAGUUUCUGUAGAGGAUAUGCUAUAUGAUGAGCAAGACAUUCUACGUUCAAUGGACAAAAUUGAGGUCAUUGAUUUUCACCAGACACUAGAAGUAAAUGGGAUUCGUUUUUGGUGUUAUACUGCUGGCCAUGUCCUGGGCGCUGCCAUGUUCAUGGUUGACAUUGCUGGUGUCCGGAUCCUCUAUACUGGAGACUACUCCCGUGAGGAGGACCGUCAUCUCCGAGCUGCCGAAAUUCCACAGUUUUCUCCUGACAUCUGUAUCAUAGAGUCCACUUAUGGUGUACAGCUACAUCAACCACGUGUUAUUCGGGAGAAGCGUUUCACUGAUGUUAUCCAUUCAACAAUCUCUCAAGGUGGUCGGGUACUCAUCCCUGCUUUUGCCCUUGGAAGAGCCCAGGAGCUGCUCCUCAUCCUUGACGAGUACUGGUCAAAUCAUCCAGAACUCCACAACAUUCCCAUAUAUUAUGCUUCACCCCUUGCUAAAAGAUGCAUGGCUGUCUAUCAGACCUACAUAAAUGCAAUGAAUGAGAGGAUCAGGAACCAAUUUGCAAAUUCAAACCCCUUUGACUUCAAAUAUAUUAGUCCUUUGAAAAGCAUAGAGAAUUUUGAUGAUAUUGGUCCCUCGGUUGUCAUGGCAAGUCCAAGCGGCCUACAAAGUGGUCUUUCAAGGCAACUAUUUGAUAAAUGGUGUUCAGAUAAGAAAAAUGCAUGUGUGAUUCCUGGUUAUGUGGUUGAGGGAACCUUGGCAAAAACUAUCAUCAACGAACCCAAAGAAGUCACCCUCAUGAAUGGGCUUACUGCCCCUCUUAACAUGCAAGUAUACUAUAUCUCCUUUUCAGCUCAUGCAGACUUUGCCCAGACAAGUGCCUUCUUGAAUGAGCUUAUGCCACCAAACAUAAUCCUUGUACAUGGGGAGGCCAAUGAGAUGGGAAGACUUAAGCAGAAGCUAAUUACCCAAUUUUCUGACAAAAAUACAAAAAUUUUGUCACCUAAGAAUUGCCAGUCAGUGGAGAUGUAUUUCACUUCCGAGAAAAUGGCUAAAACUAUUGGAAGACUAGCUGAUAAAACACCAGAAGUAGGAGAAACUGUGAGCGGCUUACUAGUCAAGAAGGGUUUCACAUAUCAAAUAAUGGCACCAGAUGAUCUCCAUGUCUUCUCUCAGCUGUCCACUGCAAACAUUACCCAGCGGAUCUCAAUUCCUUAUUCUGGUGCUUUUUCAGUCAUAAAACACAGACUAAAGCAAAUAUAUGAGAGUGUUGAGGCUCCUAUUGAAGAACCUGAUGUGCCUACACUGAUCGUGCAUGACAGAGUGACAAUAAGGCAGGAAUCAGAGAACUAUCUCACAAUGCGGUGGUCAUCUGAUCCUAUUGGUGAUAUGGUAUCGGAUUCGGUUGUGGCUGUGAUCUUGAAUAUUAGUCGAGAAGGUCCGAAGGUAACAGCUGUUGCAGAAGUUGAGAAGACUCAAGAGGAGACAGCGAAAAUGGCUCAUAAGGUAGUCUACAGUUUACUCGUGUCAUUAUUUGGGGAUGUCAAGGUUGUGGAGGAAGGGAAACUGAUUGUCACUGUUGAUGGGAAUGUCGCACGGCUUGACGAAAAGAAUGGUGAGGUGGAAUGUGACAAUGACAGUUUAAAGGAGAGGGUGAAGACAGCAUUCCACCGGAUUCAGAGCGCUGUGAGGCCAAUUCCUCUUUCAGCAGCUUGAUGUAUUGUAUCUCUCCAUUAAAGUGCAAGGCUUACUGCUCAAGUAUUUGAUGCAGUUUGAUCUAAGAUGCAGUGUUAGCAAGAAUCAGUAAUUGAACUCAGUAGUUUGGUGUAUGAUUGUUCAUGCACUUAUUCUGCUAACAUGCUCUUAUUGUCGUUAGGUUUCAGUAAAAGUGAAGUAUUUUGGGAACA